AUGAUCUCUUUAACUGACACGCAGAGGAUUGGAGUGGGACUGAUAGGAUUCGGAGUUUUUUUCCUUCUGAUGGGCAUCCUCUUAUAUUUUGACAGAGUGCUACUUGGAUUUGGAAAUAUUCUCUUUGUGUCGGGCCUUCCCUUCAUCACUGGGCUGCAGAAUACAUUCCGAUUCUUCAUCCAAAGGCAGAAACUGAAAGGUUCAAGUUUUUUCCUGGCUGGAAUUCUGCUGGUGCUCCUGCGAUGGCCGGUGCUUGGAAUGCUCUGUGAAAGCUAUGGAUGUUUUCUACUUUUCAAGGGCGCACUUCCAGUUGUUUCGGAAUUACUCUCCAAGAUUCCCAUCCUGAGUCUCAUCUUUACACUCCCUGGACUCAGCACGAUGGUAGAAGCCAUGGGCAUGCAAGGAGCUGUUGACGAUUUGGUGAGUUAG